AUGGCAUCAAAAUCAUCACUUGAACAACAAAAAAAACAGGCUGAAGAUUUAAUCACUUGUUCCAUCUGCUUAGGCUAUUUCGUUGAUCCACGCAUAUUACCAUGCUCACAUACAUAUUGUCUUCAAUGUAUUCGUCAGAUAGCUGCUAGUAGUGGCGGGCAAUUCAACUGUCCAUUGCGCGAUGGCACCAGAAUCCGUGCAAGCAAUAUUGAUUCAUUACCAAUCAAUAGAAACUUGCGUGACAUGGUUGAUCUUGUACCAAGUCUUAUCGGUACAAACGACCAAAACAGAGAACGACGUAAUGAACAACAAACUUCGAGAAUUCCCGGUUAUGCGACACCAUCAGUACAAUCUACUGAUACUGUAACAUUGAAAAGUGAUUCGGAAACAAAAUCUGUAUCAAUAUCUAAUUUACUUUCAAGUAGGACGUUAGAAUUAGACACCAACAAGUUAUGUCGCGCGGAUAUACAGAAAAUCAUUAUUGCCUUAGGACAAAACAAAUCUGUGAAACAAUUAACUAUAAAAUCUCACUGUCAUUCUAUUGCUCAAAUUCUCGCUGAAACUCUCAGAGUAAAUAACACGCUGACUCAUCUCACUAUGUCCAACGAUAUUCAAGAUGACAGUUGUAUUUUGAUCAGCAAUGCAUUAUUCACUAAUCACAGUUUACGUUGCUUAAAUCUACGACGCAAUAAAAUUACAAGUGAAGGAUGCAAAGCUAUUUCGGAAAUGUUAAAAUCAAAUAGAACAUUAGAAGAUUUGAAUAUUUGUCGAAACAAGCUUGGCGAUGAAGGAAUCAGCUCCAUUUGCGAAGCUUUACUGGUGAAUGAAACAUUGUCUCGUCUCGAUAUUUAUCAAACAAAUAUGUCUACCAAGGGGUUGACAUCAGUUGUACAAAUGUUACGAAGAAAUCGAACGUUGACAUGGCUUGAUAUCGGUGAUAAUAAUAUUGACGAUAAUGGAAUCACACGCAUUGCGGAUGCAUUGAAACAAAAUAACACAUUGACCGAACUAUGUGCCAAAUUUAAUAAAAUCAGCGAAACAGGCGCAUCAGCAUUGAUGGACGCUUUAAAAACGAAUCAAACUUUGAAGACAAUAAAGCUGCAGUUCAACAAUAUACCAGAAGAAGUGGCAGCAGAAAUACACAAAAAAACUCCACAAUUGAAAAUAACUGGUUUUGGCAUUUGCUCUGUGUCCUAA